CAAGCUGGUGCUGAUGACGCGCCGCUUCCGCUCAGCGCCUUCACAAUAAGAGCGUUUUAAGAGCGGAUGGAGUGAACCACUUCCGGUCAUUUAAUGAGAGGAAAAAGAUGUCAUCGAGUCGGAGGAAUCAGCUCAAGAGCUUGCUGCUGCAGAUCGGUGAGGAGAUGGUGGAGGAGGAGGCGCUGGAGGCCGAGCAGCUGAAGCUGAAGCACAUGGAGGAGAACUGCCCCUCCGUCUCCAUCCCAGGAUGCAUGCAGGAGCUCCAGGAUUUUUGCCGGAAAAUUCACAAGAAGAUUGAUUUGUUGGACGAGGAGCGAUACGACAUGGAGGCCAAAGUGUCCAAGUCCAACAAGGAGAUCGACGACCUGAAGCUGAAGGUUCAGGAUCUGAAGGGGAAGUUCAAGAAGCCGGCCCUGAAGAAGGUGCGGAUGUCGGCCGACGCCAUGCUGGCCGCUCUGCUGGGCUCCAAACACAAAAUGUCCACGGACCACAGGGCCAACCUGAAGCAGGUCAAGAAGGAGGUCAAAGAGGAGGAGAAGCCAGCGGGCGACUGGAGGAAGAACAUCGAGGACAAGGCCGGGAUGGGCGGCAGGAAGAAGAUGUUCGAGACAGAGACGUAAACAGCAGCGUGUUGUUCUUCUGGUCGCCAGUUUCAUCCAUUUUCUGUGUGUUAUGUGAGUCCAUGUUGUUGGUAAAGUGUAUAAAUAAUAGAAUAAAUAAAUCACGUGGUGCCUUUCUGUGUUCUAUUGUGAUAUUUGAUGAAUCGUGAAAUAGUAAUUGGGUGCUCCAGAACACUUCAGUGAGUUCUACAUCAUGUUUACAAUGUUUACUGAGGUAACCAAGUGAGAA